AUGGCCGCCAAUGAUCAGGGAUUUGCCAAUGGCGAUCUUCAGCAACUCAAGUCGCACCUCUUGGAACUGAAGCACGCCUACAGUACGGUUCCAUCUCGGCGACCCGAGGACAAAAACAACAAGAGCCAACAGGCAACUUAUGCGUCAUUGUCUGACACCAAUGAAGCCAUUAUUGAGAAAGUCGAGUCCGACCUGAAAGCUCUCUCAUUGAGUGUCUUCACCAAAGGCGAACACUUAAGCUUUCGGCUUCCCGCCAGCAAAGCCUCACGCGAUCUCUACAGCAAGCUCAAGGAGAUUCGAGAUCGUGAUCUCACAGGAGAAGAUAUCAGUCAAGUCCAUUCACUCCUCACAUCCUUCGUCCGCGAACUUGACCCCGAGCAUCCAUUCCUCUCUGCCCCCAAGGAAAUUUUCCUGAGAGUUGGUGCUCCAGAUGGAGAAGAUGACCAACCGCCCCGCCAACAGGGAAAGGCUUCGGAGGACAACGUCAACGACAUCCUGGAAAGUGUUGGGAUUGCUGCCGAUGCUGCCUGUGACCUGAGAGAGAAGGAUGAUGAGGUUCAGGACCCUGACUACCAAGACGAGACAAUGGGAGAACUUGGAGGACACAUGGGAGACGGAGAGUAA